CUGAAGUUUAUUGAAAUAAUCACCAUGGUUCAUGCUUUCUUGAUAAACACAUUGAGUUGCAGCACCGGUGGUACUGAGAGUCUCUGCAGAGUGCUAUAUUCCCAGACAUUUGGCUCAGAGAGGUCAGAGUCCAGGAACAAAGAUCCAGAAGAAGAAAGGUGUUAUAGAAAAGAACAGAUCUUUGCUGUGGCAAGGCAAGUGAAGUCAGCAUGCACUUUGUCCAGGCAAGCUAUGGGAAAGUCUCUGUCUGCUUUUGCCUUCCCUCCUUCUGAUGAGGUGGUUGCAUUACAGGAAGCAGACUUCGGUGUAUUUCGGCUUCCUCCUGGUGACCCUUUUUCUGAAAGCAAGACUGUACUGUGGUUUGGAAUACAGUCUGUCGGAUUUGCAUUGGUAUGUGAUCCUUAUGAAAACCUCAUGUUGGCAGAGAACAGCCUGAAGAUGGUAGUGAAGUAUUUGCUGGAGUAUCUUCGACUGCUAAGCCAAGGCAGUGACAUGUUGAAAGCAGAUAAAAUAGAAAUCAUCCUGAAUAAAUUUCUUCCAUGUGGCCAACUAUUGUUUAUCAACCACAGGUUUGUUUACAAUAGAGAGGGAAAGUACAGUUUUACACCUACAAAAACAGGAGAGGCCACAGAAGUACCUCAUGAAGAAAAGAUCCUAGGCCUGAAACUGUCCUACAUGGACAGACUCAAGAAACUUUCAGCUAUUCUCCGUCUCUUAUCGUCUACUUAG